AUGAUCGUUGUUCUUGUGCUGGCAUGUAUGGGUGCACUGAUGUGCCGAAUGAAUUUUCAGUUGGCAGCAAUGGGAGAUGGGAGUGGCAGCGCUAGGAUUAAACUCAUUGCUCUGAUUGUUUCCCUCAACUUGCUAACUGUUACGCCAGCAACCUUCUCUGCACUAAAACGUAAUUCACUGGGCGACAUCUUCAACGAUGAUGAUAUUAACAUAAAGGAACUGCCGACUGGAAGGAAAGUGAUUCUUCCGUCAAAACCAGUAUUUUUGGAGAAGCAUGGAAUCGAAGGUAUCAACUACAGUUUGGACAACCGAUCACGCCCGUUCAUUUAUUGCGAUGUAUGUGUUAAUUUUGUACUCAUUUUCUAA